CGCCGUCGCGGUACAUAGGCGUCUGGACUCCAAACGCUGCAUCUCAUGUAUUCCGAUUUGGCCCUUUGUUCUGCGAUAGGUGCUGUAGUCUGUCGGGCGGCCUUCUUUUCGGUCGAAGCCAAGCACGGCGAUUGACGACGAGCGAUUGAUUGAUUUAGUUCCUGAACAAGCAUGCGCUCGGUGAAAGAUCGCACUCUCCUCCUCUGGUCGGCUUUCUUGGUGAUUACAAGCAGUCGCGCCUUUGACGACUGCUCAUUCGAUGAACUUGACAGUCUUUCCUUUCUUUGGAACCCUGAGCCCAUCAUGACGUUGGAUGAUAUCAUGUAUCCAAAGAGCCCUUCACAUGAGCUUUUGGCUCAACAACCAGAUAGACGCCACACUUCCUCAUCCAACUCGGGCAGACCGGACCUCUUAGAUGGAGAAGACAGUUUCAUCAACAGGGAAGAUAUCUCGAAUCCACGCCAAAUCCACAUUAUAGCACCUAGUGCCCAAAGAAUUCCCACCUUCCCAUCACAUUUAGCCCAAGUAAAUAAUCCUGUCGGGACCUUGGCCCAAGUUCCUCAAAAAAAACAAGUGAUCAACAAUCCACAUGAGCUCAGGAACGUUGCCCAAUCAGCACAACAGGAUGCGCCAAAGCGAUCCACAGGAAUACUCGCAAAACUACCCCCCAGGAAGAAAUUAGAAUCCAGAAAACGGGCCGGUCGUUCUGGAUUCGGGUCACCAUCACCUACUGCUAUUCGGGCCCUGGUUGAAGCCUACCAUCCUCAUCGACAGAACUCUCAUCAUCAACCAAAUCAACAAACACAACCCGGGAUCUCAACCUUUCAUCCCAAUUCCUACGAUUCCCAUGGUCAAGAAGAUCACCAGUCCCAAUCCGCCCCAGUGGGCGACACUUGGGCUAAUAAAAACCAAAUGGACGUCGUGCCCCAGCCCCGAACUGUUAUUACAAACUCCAGACUUAUUGACGAUGUCCCAGGAGAUUCACAGAGCUUUUUGUUGCCUGCUGGGCCAUCCCAAACAACAGUUUUGAAAAAAGUGGAACCGCCAAGAUUGAUAUUCACAAAAGAAACAUUCAUGGAGGAGAAUCCAUCGGAAGUGCACCAGAUGAACGUAGACAGAUUCGAGCAGAUUCUUUCGACCCUCGAGAGUGGACAACUUCGAGCAGAAGAAGAGAAGUUCUUCGACUUAUAUUAUGGGUUUUCUCAGACCACCUCGAAAAAGGAAAAGGCAUGGAGCGCUAGUCAAAGAACCGGAUUCUUGAGACAAAUGAGAAACGAAUUUCGGAACCAGGUCGGGAUCUGGUUCAACCGUUGGAGACAACAUACCACGAUCGACGUUGAGAAAUACAUCGAUUCAAUGACCAAAUAUGAAUGCCAAAAAAUCGUUCCCGUGUAUCUGUUCUAUGUGGAAAUGAUCAGGAGCAUCGUCCCAAGACCAGGAGUUGAACGCGAGUAUAGCAAAGAAUUGGGCGAUGCGCUUCGAUCGUUUUCCAGGUUAAUCCAACUAGUCAUCCACCGCGACAAACUCAACCAGACCAACCUCGAUCGGAUCACGAUCAACAAGGCCAUAACACUUUCAAAGCAAUUGCAAGCUAGUGGCGGGGACUCUUUUAAUGCCAUCCUCUGGACGUUCUUGGAAUUCUGGAUGCUCAAUCAUCGCCGUUCUUUGCUCCGUGAUCAUUCCACCAACUUCGUCCUCGAUAUCAAUCCCAAAAGCUUCUUCAAUUCCGUCUUCUGUUGCUCAUUCAGAAAUCUGAAUAAGCUUCUUGCAGGAAAAUAAGAC